AUCGUAAUUGGUAUAACUUUUAGAGUUGAUCGUUAAUUCAACUUAACAAUUCAUGUUUGAACCUCCAACCCAAUUUAGCUGUCAAACAAUAGUUCUAAAACUAGAAAGUUGUCUUCGAUCAUUGCCAGCCUGCAAAUCUGCUAGUGAUCUUUUCCCCUCAAGUGCACAGCUCAACUCUGCUGGCAAUGGCAUACAUUUUUUGCUCAUAUCUUAGGGACGAGCACUUCACACGAACUGCCUUUUAUUAGUUGCCUAAUUGAGAUUUCGUAUCACUAACUCAUUAUACUAAUCGCACACUGAUCAUCAUUAGCCUGUUACCUGGAACUUAACCAUAGGGCCGACUUCCAGGUCUGACAAGGAACAUGGGAAAACUGCAGCAACGACUGGAGUGAAUUGAAGCAGUGACAAUCAGAGCUCCAACUUCAGUUAAGCCGGGGAUCCUGCUUCACCUCUGUACGCGUAGAAAUGCGCUGGAGGUACGAUCUCAACUAACGAAUAGUUGAGAUCGCAGAACGCACCUCCACCUGGACCUAGCAUUUGUAUACAAUCACUGUGGCUGAAAGCAUUUCUAGCCCGUAGCUGAAUCAGGUUUUGGCCAAUCUAACUGAAAGAACUAAUUGUAUACUGUUUCUUUUAGAAAGAAGACGUAGUAGCACUAGACUCGAAAUUCUAUCCUUAGUUCGUGAAUCGCAUAAGCGAAUCUAGACCUCUUUGCAGACAGUCGACCAAAUGGGAACAGAAGGAUUGGCUUUGUAUAGCCUUCAUCUUUUGUUUUGACAAAAUAAAUGACGACCAGGAAACUUCCCCUUAUCUCUUUGCCAGUUUCGCUGCACCAAGUCAGAAAAUGUAUCCUUGGAAAAAAACAAAGUCAGAAAAUGUAUCCCUCACUUCCACCACCAGAGGCCACUACCUCAACUUCGCUUCGUCCUCGCAAAGACUUCAUCACGCGGUAACCUCACGAAGUCGUCCCCUGGUUGCUAAUCUAUAAGAAAGAAAGCUCUCUGCUUUCGCCAAAACCCAAAUCCUGAAAUCCCCUGCAACAACAAUGGAGGCAGCCUAUUUGCCACCGGAGAUCCUACUCGACAUCUUCCACAGGCUCCCGGCCAAGUCCAUCCUCGCCUGCGUCUGCGUCUCCAAGUACUGGCUUUCCCUGAUCAAAACCCCUGAUUUCGUCUCUGCCCACCACUUCAACCAACAAUCCGCCAUUUCUUCUUCCUCCAAACCACAUCCCCUGUUUCUCCUCCGCCUCUGUGUUGGCUCUGCUCUGGUAAACCGCUACUCCAUUCACCGCGACGACCGCAGAUUCACCCACUACGCCGAAAUCAAACCCCCUUCAGCAAUCAACAACCAGUCCUUCUCCAUCGUCGGAUCGUGCCAAGGGUUGGUCUGCCUGAUGCACGAUCUCUACGCUUCCAACUACACAAUCAUCCUCUGGAACCCUUCCAUCGGAAAAACCUUCGCCCUCCCUGAACCGGGUGUCACUUUCGAGACCCACGGCGGAUUCGAAGCACUCCUCGGUUUCGGGUUCGAUUCGUCGACCAAUGAUUACAAGGUCGUGAGAGUCGUGCGGCUUCUGGAGUACGAAGAAAUCGCAAUUGAAGUCGAGGUUUUUUCACUGAACGCCGGCUCGUGGAAGACGAUUACCUCCACGGCUCCGCAGUACAACAUCGUGGAGCGCGGGUCCCAGGCUUUCGUCAACGGGUCGGUCCACUGGGUCGCGACCCGGCCCGGCAACGACGGCGGUGGCGACAAGAACUUGAUUCUGGGUCUCGAUCUAAAGGGGGAAGAGCGGUUUAGGGAGCUGGAGCUGCCGGAGAGCUUGAAAUUGGAGAGGGCGAUGUUCUUGACGGUGUGUGGAUACAAGGAAUCGACGAUUGCGGUGUUCAAGAGGCCGUAUUUCACGGAAGCGGAGAGCGAGAUUUGGGUGAUGGAAGAGUAUGGGGCGGCGGAGUCGUGGGUGAGGCUGUUGACGUUAGGGAUGUACGGUGGGAGACUGCCGAGGGCUUUGGGGUUCAGAGGGAACGGCGAUAUGUUGUUCGAACUCGCCGGCGGGGAGAUUGUGUCCGGUGAUCCGGAGAGUUUCGAGAUUAAGGAGUUGGGGUUGUGGGGAGAAGCUGGAUACUCGGUCGUGGGGAGUUUCAUGGAGACGCUUGUUCUGCUUGAUAGGUCGAGUGGAUGGACAGAGAUACCAACUGAACCCGAAUUCACAUUUGCUCAACCCAACCCAAGAAAGUAAAAUUCAAUGUUGAUUGUUGAUAGGUUUUUCAUAGUUGUUGGAUCUAUAAUUUGUUUUUUUAACAAUAGUAAUAUAAAUUACUUUUUUGUGAUUAGAUACUACGGAAUGAGUUCGAAUUAGUGCCGACCAGGUCGUAUAAUACCCGCAUGGAUACUGGAUGAGUCAGAUCGAUCAAUUUUUAUUUCUUAAUAUGAUAUUUGAAAAAAAGGUAGAUAGUUUACUCAUUUACAAGAACACAUAGAUAAAACCCCAAACUAAAUCGAGGAUCACAAUGGGAUGGGGUGGGUAUUUCAAUUCUCGUAUCUGCCUCGCAUUAGCGCCGACUAGGUCGUGUAAUACCCGCACAGAUACUGGAUGGAUCAAGUCGACCAUUCUUAUUUCUUAAUAUGUUAUUUGGAAGAAAAAAAAGUUGAUAGUUUACU